CAUCCCCUGUACUGAGGCAGGAUGAAGUAUUAUCUAGACCAUCUCUGAUAGGGAUUUGUCCAACGUGCUCUUAAAAAUCUCCAGUGACGGAGAUGCCGCAACCUCCCUAGGAAAUUUGUUUCAGUGCCUAACCACCCAGACAGGAAGUUUUUCCUGAUGUCUAACCAAAAUCUCCCUUGCUGCAAUUUAAGCCCAUUGCUUCUUGUCCUGUCCUCGGUGAUUAAGGAGAGCAAUUUAUCACCCUGCUAUUUAUAACACCCUUUGAUUUACUUGAAACCUGAUAUCAGGUCCCCCCGCCCCUUCGUCUUCUCUUCUCCAGACUAAACAAACCUGUUUUUUUUUCAAUCUUUCUUCAUACAUCAUGUUUUCUAGACCUUUCAUCAUGUUUGCUCCCCUCCUCUGGACUUCCUCCAAUUUGUCCACCCCUUUCCCCAGGUGUGGUGUCCAGAACUGGACUCAGUACUCCAGCCGAGGCCUUAUCAGCGCUGAAUAGAGUGCAAUGCGCAACCCAAACGGGUUUUGUUUAAAGCAUCGCAUAGACUAUAAUAGAGAAUUAUUUUCCCUCUCUGAACUUUUAUAGCGUGGUUAAAAAAACCCUGCGGAAAUGAUGUGGGGGUGUGAUUUCAUUCACACUGAAGACCUAUUGCACUGCUGUGACAGUGAACAAGGGGCUUAAAGUGGAAACACAUGUUUUUUUCACCGAUGUUAAAGCCCUGUUACACUGCCAGAGAGUUUUAAAGGGGCCUUAGUGUAAAUGAAAACCAGGCUCUGAGUUUCUAUUUGAUUCUAGAGCGGUGAGUGUAAUUUCUAUAGACCCCCGUUAAGGGUUAGGUGUAAAUUGGCACAACCACAUUAAUUCCAGUGGAGCUACGGCCCAUUGACCCCAGCUGGGAUCUGGCCCCUUCUGACUGCAGUGGAGCUACGGCCCAUUGACCCUGGCUGGGAUCUGGCCCCUUUUGCAUGCAAAUGCUACUUACCCCAGCUUAAAACUGUUCAUCCUGAUUCUCAUCCACACUAAAUCCCCUUUACAAACCUCUGGCUGACUGCAAGACCUCGGCGAAGGAGCCAGGACGUGACUGAGAAUCAGGCCCAGUUAAGCGGCCUUCAGCGGAGUGACUCCCGGUUUGCGCUGGGAUUUGAAAUGGUCAGAGUCAGGAUGGGAACGAGCCCUGGCUGGUCGCUGCGGUUGGUGGCUCUGUGGACUCUCUAUGGAGUCGCUGGAGCACAGCCAUCCAUCACAGCUCACUAUGGAGAGGACAUCACUCUGGACUGCACCUUCCACCACAUACCGGGGGUAAAACUCCAGCGACUGAACAUCACCUGGAAGAUGCAAAGAGCCGAGGGAGCAGCUCUCCUGGUUCACAGCUACUAUGGGCAGAGGGACCUGUGGCAGGGACAGGACAAGGUUUACCGGGACCGGACGCAGCUGUACCCAGAGGGAAUCCACAAAGGAAAUGCGUCCCUGAGACUCAGGGCUGUGCACUUCCAGGACGAGGGCUCCUACCUCUGCUACGUCGCCUCUGAGCUGGGAACCUCGUCCCAUACGAUUUCACUGGCCGUGCUCAGGGAGAGUGAAAUGAAGUCUCCUAUCGUAGCUCAGCGGGGGCAGGACGUCACCCUGAGCUGCCCCUUUGAAUUCGGAUUAAACGGCCAGCCGUUGAACAUCACCUGGAAGAAGGAAGAAGCCGAGGGGCCGGAUCUCCUGGUUCACAGUUAUUAUAACGGGAUGGACACGUUGCAGAGACAAGAUGUCGCUUACAAGGACAGAACACAGCUCCACCCGGAGAGAUUCCCGCAGGGAAAUGCGUCCCUGACGUUACGGAGAGUUCGCAGCCAGGAUGAGGGAUUCUACAUCUGCCAUGUCAAGCCGGAUCUGGGGCGGUUUUCUGUGCGGAUGCAAGUUACAAUGGAAGGCUCUGUGAGUGACCAGCCAUCACUAGAUGCGUACUAUGCCGUGUUUUCAGUUCCGUUAUUAAUUAUAGCGUUUAUUAUCAUUAACAAGCACCGUCGUUUCCUGCUGCGCAAAUUAAAGAGUUUUCAGUUUUGGUCCCAAUGGAAACAGCAGGAGGGCGGAGACCAGCCUCUCAAACCGGUUGACAGCCAAUGAAUCAGAAAAGCCAAACACACUCCUGCUACCACCUUGAAGAGGUCAGUGAGGCAGUCAAGAAUGAAAGUCUCAGAGUUGCCGUAGUCGGAGAGACGGGAUCUGGAAAGUCGUCUUUUGUCAAUGCCACCCGGGGUCUGAAAAAACACAAUACAGGAGCUGCUGAGACUGGGGUGGCAGGAGAAAUGAUGGUGGAGCUCAAGGCUUAUCCACAUCCCGAACACCCCAACGUAACGCUAUGGGACCUGCCAGGGAUCGGGACAAUGAAUUGUCCCUCAGACACUUUCCUUAAGCAGCGUCACUUCAGACAGUGGGACUUGGUCAUUGUCAUCUCCUGUGGGCGCUUCACAAACACCGAUGCCAGACUUGUUGAGGAGAUUCGAACGCUGGGGAAGACGUUUUACUUUGUCUGUUCCAAAGUGGACUCAGACGUGGUGUCUGCACAGAUAAGAAACUUCAGUGAGGAGAGCGCCCAGCAGACGAUCGGAGAGGACUGUAUCUCGCACCUGGGAGGGGAAACCGACGUUUUCCUGAUAUCCAGCUGGGACCAUGACAAGUUUUAUUUCCCCCACCUGCAGCGAACCUUAGCCAAGGAAUUCCGCCGUCACAGGGCGUGUGCUUUGCAGCCGGCUCUCUCAAAGAGUUCUUUGCCCAUUUUGCAAAAGAUAAAAGUGUCAUUGUAGGAGGCAGAGCAGAUAUGGGGACAAAAUCUACUCAGGUAGCUCCAAUUUACACCACCAGAUUAUUUGGCCCAUGUCCUACUUUUGUGUCCCUCUGCCAGCGAAAUCAGGUGCCUACAAUUUAUUAGGGGUCCCACUGGCCAGGGAGUCACAGUUCUUUCCCCGCUCCCCUGGUGUUCUGGGGGACGGUUGGUGUGAUGGCUUGAGGAGCUGUCUCUGGACCUUCUGAAUUCUGGGUGAUGCAUGAAAUUGUAUCACCCGGUCGUAGGAAGCCGGAUCCACCUCUGCCGACAGUGCACGCAGCAGACACACGCCGGGAAGGUACUUGACACUCAGCCAUGGCCCUCUGACCACAAUCGCUCUGCUAAAGAGCUGCAGCCUACGGGAGAAAGCAACAGUUUUAUCUUCCCUGUCCAGAGAGAGGGGAGAAAAUACACAGCAAUAAAUAAAUAAAUAAAAGGCCGACGGCACCUGGUCAUGGCGCCCGGGUUAAUUGACGUGGGCGUGUGCUGCGGGGCUAAGAACAGCCAAGGGGACCUGCCCGCUUGAGCCAAAGGGCCGAGACCCUCCCCAAUCCCUGGGUUUCACAGCACGAGCCAAACUCAAUUGACCCAAGCUCUGAGACUCGCUGCUGUGAGGGUUUUGUUUGCUAUGGAGACGGACCCUCGACCUGUUCUUUGCUUAGGGGUCCUAUGGGCCGGGCUCCCAGACCUGGGGUUAGAGCUCCUAUGGGUAGGCCACUCAGGCAGCUUGAUUCCCUAAUUCUAUUGGUUGUUUAUACAGCAGCCAGGAGGUGGUGUUCAACCACCGCCACAUAUUCCAUGUUGCUUUCAGGUUUCCCAGACCUAUUGGUACCAAGUCCACAGUCGUGUCUGCCUGCUUGUGAAUGAGGCUAUCUUGCAGUUGUGACAAGGAACUUAACUUAUUCUUAAUUACCUCCAGGUCUACAGUAUUCAUAAUCCCUGCUCCAAAACCAACUCCUCCUAAUAUGGUGUCUACUACAUCUCGUUUUGCUCGGCCAUUGGAGUGUGGAUGUGUUUUUAUCCCGGCCAUUACAAUAGAAAGGGAGUAGGGUGAACAUUUGGGUUCCAAUUUAGACACAUUCAACUGAGUCCAUUCCAUACCAGUUUUUAUUUUUACUAAUAGUGGAUUUAACAAGACUUUUACUGGAUCACUUUGAGUCACAAACAAUUUUUUUUUAAUUUAACUGGGAUACCUCUUUCGAAUGCAUAAUCUCUAGUCCAGGUUCUGGUGCAUGUGUCCGGGAACCAUAGGUUAUUAUGGGAUAUGGUCCAAUAACCCGUAGUAAAUCGAACCUGUGGUGUUUAUAAGGUGAACCUUAAGUCCCACUUCCCCUUCCUAGGCAUACAUGUUGGUAUUUCCUGAGGGUUUUAAGAGUUGGCUGGUGUUUUUCUCAUACCUUUCCAUGAGGAUCACCGGAUCACGGGUAGGAAUCCAUGAUUGGUUGGCAGAGAGUGAAUUAUUCCUUAAAUAUUGGCUUAUAAGGAGGGCUGCAACUUCUUCCAUGAUCGCUCUAAUUAUCUGGGCACUAAAAGUUCCCAGAAACAGGUAAAACCAGACCUUACACUGGAGUCUCAUUUCUGUGGAUUAAAAUGGUGGUGGUGAAGCAGCGCCCCGUGCUCAGGUUCUGGGAUGUCCUUUUCUGCAAAGAAUUCAAACAUUAUUAUUUAUGUAAACAGUUUAAUUUGUGAAACAUGGACCCAUUUCAGGUUUUUUUUAGUACGGUCGGGUAUACCAAUGGGCUAAGGCAGUCCACUAUGGAGUAAGGGCCUAUCCAUUUUGAUUCCAGUGAGUGACCCCUUUUUCCCAUAUUAAGGUACAUGGCUUGGUCCUCUGUUUCCCACAAGGCUGCCUUUGUGGGCCUUUGUUUUUGAAUUUUGUUGUUCAUGUGUUCGAUGGCCGGAUUAACCCUCUACUGACAGGUGGUUUUAUUUUCUUGUAACUUUGAGCCAUUGAAAAUAAUCAUGCUGGGUUAUAUUAGAGCGCUCUCCUUCACCCUGUACCAGGUACCUAGGAUCAAUCUCUAGGCGCAUUGGAUGUCCAAACAGAAUUUGAAAGGGUCGAAUUUUUGUCCUUAGUCUAUUACUGCUGCGGAUGGCAGCCAACAUCAGAGGCAGUUUAUCCAGCCCGUCUUUCCCCGUGUGAUUUACUAACCUCCAGAGCGCUUCCUUAAUAGUGCGUUUCAUGCGCUCUCCUUGGCCUGAGGCCGGUACGGUAUGUGGAGUUUUUGUUUAAUUCCCAAGGCUUGUAUCAGUGUGGUAAAGAUUUCUACUACAAAGGUUCCCCCAUUGUCAGAAUCUAUUAUUUCGGGGGUGCCACUACUUCAUUAAAGAACUUUUUGGCACUACCCUGGUGCUAUCUUUUGUGGGAAAUGCCUCCACCCAUCCUGAAAAGGAAUCGAUUAUCACCACUAAAUACUGGAAUCCUUCCUUCCUCCUUGGCAAUUUAUCAAUAAUAUCAAUUUAACCCUGUGCCAUGGCCCGAGCCUUCGUUGGUGCAUCAUGCAUUGCCAGUGCAGAGGUCAAGCCUUGUCCUGAGUGCACCGCACACAAUUUCGCAUCCAUGUUUUAACAUCAUCUUUCAUACACUCCCAUUCUGCUACUUGCUUUAGCCUUCUUAAAGUGCCUUCCACUCCUUCAUGCAUCAACUGAUGGGCUACGUUAAACAACUCCUGUCUUUUGGUUUUCCCUGGAACUCGGUUAGGGUGAUCUGUAGCGCCAUCUGUUGGCUCAGAUGUGUCAGCACAGACGUUCCUUUUCUGACUUCUAGUUACAACCGCUAUGUCGUGCUGUCGGGCUAUUAUAUCGACCCGGUUAUUCCAAGUGGUCUCCAUACCCGUUCCUUUACUGUAUGCCUUUACAUGUCGCACCUUUAACUGGUUAGGGUUCUUUGUUAGCCAUAUUUCCAUUCCUCUGAAUAUGCAACAUCCUUUACAUCUACUACUUUCCACCCAUUCCUAU